GACAAGGGUUGUGCAGAAACUGAUUGAGACAGUGAGUACUAAGACACAAAUCAAUAUGGUCAAGUCAGCUCUUAAACCAGGUUUGCUCUACCUAAUUAGAGAUUUAAAGGGGGUCCAUGUUAUUAAAAGAUGCUUGAGAUACCUUGGCCCUGAUGAUAACCAGUUUGUUAUAGAGGCUGCCACAAGGUUUUGUGCUAAGAUUGCGACUCAUAACCAUGGAUGUUCUGUGCUAAAACAAUGCGUUGAAUACUCUGUUGGGGAGCAACGUGAGAAGCUUGUUGAUGAAAUAUCCAGAAACUCUCUCCAUCUUGCACAAGACCCUUUUGGGAACUACUUGGUGCAAUUCAUAAUAAAGCAGAAGCUGGGAGGAAUAAAUGUUAUGUCUGAAUUUAAAGGGGGUUACGUGAAAUUGGCUACACAGAAGUUUAGUAGUCAUAGAGCAGAUCUCAGAUCGUGCGAUAGCUUGUCUCUGUUGAAAACUUCGAACAUCUUUUUCAAGACCCUUUCGCUAAUUACGUUAUCCAGUCCGCUCUAUCUAACACAAAGAUAUUCACGAUCAUAUAUAGUAAACUUGAAUGGAUAUGAACAGUGCUAUAUUCGAAAGAGUUUGGUUGACAAAGUGCGAAGAUGUGAACACGUUAGGAUGAAUGCACACUGCAGGAAGAUAUUCUUCAAGAGCCACCUCUUGAAGAUG